AUGGAUUAUAUCUCUUCAGUUCUGACGGCCUUCCCGGCCGCGCACUCCUUUAAUCCCGAUGAACCUGCCGAGGAGGAUCGUGCCAUCAGGUCGUACAUCUCGGCGCUGAGUGGACUGGGCGACACGCUGAGGGAGGCCGUCUUGGCGAAGCCAGAGUAUCAUCUCCGGCUACUGGACCCUUCUGCAAAUUCGAUAGGUUACCUGGCCGUCCUCGAACCUCUCAUCGCCACCAUCAGCCCUGCCUCUUCUUCAAACCACCCGUCAUCCUCGGUUGAUCGGAAUGUCGUGCUCGAUGCUACCGUCGACUUCCUCACGCAGUUCGACUCUCGUCACAUCCGCUACGUGGGCUCGCUACUUCUUUCCGUUCUAGAGUAUGUGGCUAGCGGGAAUGCCUUCUCAUCUCUCGUGACGGUUGAGCUUCUCUCGACAGUGUUACUGCGAAUCGACCCUGCCGGUUCCAUGUUCACGUCGAUCCAUCCGACCCUAGCAACGCUGGCAUACGAAUCCGACUAUAUCGACCCGGUCCUCGAAGUCAUCGACCGCGACAUUACAUCUUACCCCACCCUGUCUAGGCCCAAGGACAGCAGGCCGCUUUGUGACGCGAGCCUGUCUCCCUCGGUCUUCAUCACCGUAUCUUCCGGCAUGACGCGCGGAAUCAAGGCAAAUACCGUCCUCGAGUACAACUUCGUAUGCGGGCUGAUUUACACAUCGUGCCACCAGUGGGGAAAGGCUGUCAAAGCCUUCGAACGAGUCGUCACCCACCCCAGCAAGGACAAGGGUGUAAGCAAGAUCAUGACCGAGGCCUACAAAAGAUGGAUGCUCGUCAGCCUACUCUACUACGGCCACGCACCCACAAUCCCCCCCUAUACAUCACAGUCGGCCAAGGCGAUAUACACCAACAUUUCCGCACCCUACACCAGCAUUGCACAGCUCUUCGCCUCCUCGGACGCAGAGAAGCUCAGGCACGAGGCCGAAUCGAACCGUCCCAUCUGGGAGGAGGCUGCAAACCAAUCACUGAUUGAUCAGGUGCUAUCCGCCUACCAACAGUGGCAAAUCAUCAACAUGCGGAAGGUCUACACGCAGAUAUCCGUAUCGCAGAUUGCUGUCUCCACAUCCAGUGCUGUGGUAAACAGCCCACAGACGACCGAAGAUGAUGUCGUUACCCUAAUUGAGGGCAUGAUCGAGUCGGGGAUGCUGAAGGGCGAGCUCCACACGGCCGAAGAUGGCGCCUAUCUCAAGUUCCACGCCGACCAUGAUCGCCUAACGGAGCAAGACUUUGCCCGGCAGAUAGCCCAGUCUCACCUCAUCAUCUCAUCAGUCGGGAAGGAGUAUCAACUGGUCAAUGACUAUCUGAGUGGGAAUAGGGAGUACGUCAACCAUGUCGUACGCGAACAGAAACGGUUCGACAAGGAAGAAGAGGACCCCACCGGCAGCUUUGAGUCGCAGAUAGAGGAUGAGGAUCUAAUGACCGGCAUCAUCGCCACCGGAUGA